AUGCCAGGGGUACGGAUGAGCAACUUGCUGGGCGACCCGUUCGCUCUUGCGACCAGCUCUAUUGCAGCGCUCGGAUGGGUGAUUGCUUUUGUUGCGUCUAUCGCCGCUGCUGUACAGGCAAACUACCCCAGCUUUCAGUGGUGGGCCGUUGCCUACACGUUUUGCUGCAAUGUCGGUGUGAUCGUGGUGUUUGUCACCGACACCGGCCUCACGUAUGGAGUAGCAGUCGUGGGGUACCUUGCUGCCGAUCUUGUUAUGAAUUCGAUCUCCGCAAACUCGAUGUUCAAUGGAAGCACACAAACCAGCUCUACUGGUGCAACAAGUCAAACUAAGAAUAUCCCCGCGUUCCAAGCCGCAGGUGCUGGUUUCAUCCUUCUGUGCAUGGUUAACAUUGUGUGGAUUUUCUACUUCGGAGCGACCCCCCAGGCGAAGCACCGCGGAUUUAUCGACUCAUUUGCGCUUAACAAGGAGCACCACGGCUCAUAUGGAGCCAAUCGACCAAUGUCGUCCGCCUUUGGUGCUCGGCCCGAGACUACUGCGAGCCGGCCGACUCCUCAGAUGUACACAUCCGCACAGCUCAACGGCUUCGAGACCUCGUCACCUGUUUCAGGAUACCACGGCGGGGCCCCUGGCGAGACGCGCAGCCCCUCGCAGGCCCGAUUCACCAAUCUGGCGCCGCCUACCGCCAGCAAUCCUGACACCGUUGGAGAGGUUCCUGCACCAACGGAAUACCCAUACAAGGCCAAGGCCAUCUACAAGUACGAUGCCAACCCAGAAGACGCCAACGAGAUUGGCUUCGACAAGGGCGAGGAGUUGGAGGUGUCAGAUGUCAGCGGCCGAUGGUGGCAGGCCAGGAAAGCCAACGGGGAUACGGGUAUUGCUCCAUCCAACUAUCUGAUUUUGCUAUGA